AAGAGGGGCUAACCCCGUUUUUUUGUUGACAUAAAAUACAGACUGUAAAACAAUCCUCAAAAAUGACUUGCUGCAAAGUGGACAGCCGUCGACGCUGUGGCUCCGAGAGCGAGCGGAGGCGACAACAAGUGAGCUAGCUAGUUAGCCUAGUUAGCUUCACCGGCCAGUCAGCCCGGCGUUCUGGCGAAAAAGGACCGGCCGAGCUGGAGCCACUCUAUAGCCUGUGAGGGUAACACUUUCCCUGUCGCAUAAGCGGAAAUAGUUUCUCAACGAUGGCCUCCAUUUUCCUCGACACGGACGAAUCGUCCCCGGCGGGCCUGACGGACCUGUGCCUCACCUUCGUGAGCCAGAACCUGGAGUGCUUGUGCGUGAAGCGUGCCGACGGGUCCCUGUGCUUCAGGGAAGCUGUGCUCUUCCCCCAGGAGCUCGCAGACCAGCUCUUGGCCAAAAUGGCAACCGAGGGUCUGCUGAACGACAGCACGGUGGGCGUGUUCCGGAACUGCGAGUACCUGCGGCUGAGGCGUGCGUGCGUCCGCACGGCGCGCAUAUCCGCAAAGGCCUUCCAGCGAGCCCUCUGUCCUCACAGGUUGUCGGAGCUGGACGCCGCACGGGUCAACGCCGACCUCACCAUCCCCGACAUUCUCCACGGGCUGGCCACCAACAAAUACUGUCAGGAGUCCCUCCAGCGAUUGGUGCUGACGGGGCUCACCAUGUCCUCUCUGGGGGAGCCGAGCCCCCACGGUUUCAGCGCCCUCCAGGGCCUGCGCUCGCUCUCCCUGGCCAACGUGGACUUCUACGACUCGGGUCUGGCCGACGUGUGCUCCCUGCCCCGUCUGGAGAGCCUAGAUCUGUCCAACACGUCGGUCACCAACCUCAACCCGCUGCUGGGCCUGAAGGAGAGGCUGCGCUCGCUCACGCUGCACCAGCUGAAGAGGCUGGAGAUGAGCACCGCGCAGCUGCUGGGCGUCAUCGGCCAGCUGGACGUGUUGCAGCAUUUGGACAUCAGCGAUGACAAACAGUUCACCUCCGAUGUCGCUCGGCAACUGCUCGGGCAACCCGGCAUACUACCGGCUCUCGUUUCUCUGGAUGUGUCGGGAAGGAAACAGGUUACCGACACAGCUGUGAAGACGUUUGUAGACGAGAGACCGCAAAUGACAUUUGUGGGACUUCUGGCAACGGACGCCGGUUUUUCCGACUUCCUUUCCGGAGAAGGAAACCUUAAAGUGACUGGGGAAGCCAACGAAACGCAGAUCUGCGAGGCGCUGCGCCGCUACAGCGAACGGGAGGGCUUCGUGAGAGAAGCGCUCUUUCACCUCUUCAGCCUCACGCACGUCAUGGAGAAGCCUCGGCCGGACAUUUUAAAGCUGGUGGUCCUCGGCAUGAAGAACCACCAGGCCACGCUCAACGUCCAGCUGGCGGCGAGCGCCUGCGUCUUCAACCUGACCAAGCAGGACCUGGCGGCCAGGAUGCCGGUCCGUCUGCUCAGCACCGUCACUCAGCUCCUGCUGGAGGCCAUGAGAACGUUCCCCAACCAUCAGCAGUUGCAGAAGAACUGUCUGCUGUCUCUCUGCAGCGACCACAUUUUACAAGAGGUCCCAUUUAACAGGUUUGAGGCAGCUAAACUGGUAAUGCAGUGGCUCUGCAAUCACGAGGACCAGAAUAUGCAGAGGAUGGCUGUGGCUAUCAUUUCCAUACUGGCUGCUAAGCUGUCCACAGAGCAAACGGCUCAGCUGGGAGCAGAGUUGUUCAUAGUCAAGCAAUUGCUCCACAUUGUUUGUCAGAAGGCCACUCAGGGCAUAGUGGAUGCCACCCUCAAAUUCACCCUGAGCGCCCUUUGGAACCUAACCGAUGAGUCGCCGACAACCUGCCGCCACUUUAUUGAGAAUCAAGGACUAGACCUGUUCAUUAAGGUUCUAGAGUCCUUCCCUAACGAGUCGUCCAUUCAACAGAAGGUUCUCGGCCUGUUGAACAACAUAGCGGAGGUGGGUGAGCUGCACUGUGAGCUGAUGGUGCACACCUUCCUGGACCACAUCAGCACUCUCCUGCACAGCCCUGAAGUGGAGGUGAGCUACUUCGCCGCCGGCAUCCUGGCGCACCUGACAUCGCGGGGGAAGGACGCGUGGACGCUCGGCCCCGAACUCAGGUUCUCCCUGCUGGAGCAGCUGCACAACGUCAUCAUGAAGUGGCCAGCGCCCAACUGCGAGAUGGUAGCUUACAGGUCGUUUAAUCCCUUCUUUCCUCUGCUGGAGUGCUUCCACACGCCAGGCGUCCAGCUGUGGGCUGCGUGGGCCAUGCAGCAUGUCUGCAGCAAGAACGCCGGGCGCUACUGCAGUAUGCUGUUGGAGGAAGGCGGCCUGCAGCAGCUGGAACGGGUGCACGCCAACCCGCAGACGCACCCGGACGUCGGGCAGCUUACGGAGAGCAUUUUAGAGAGCCUGGAGCGCCAUCGGGCACGCACGGGCCGGCCCGCCACUGCUCGCCCGCCACCGCUAUAAGCUACACCAGGGUAACCAAUCCUGCAAGACUCGAGUGAGUCUCAUGUAUAAAUAAAUGGACAGAGAGGAUGCAGUUGUUUGCACACAAACCUAAUUUAUGUCACAUACGAAUGUUGCAAGUAUGCUUCAAAGUCUAUGAGAUUAUUAUUAUUUUUUUUUAUUUUUUUUCUCCUUUCUUGUUUGAUGAGCUGGAGCAUGCUGCAAUGAUACUUGAGUGCUGUAAAAUGAGAAAACAAAGAAUAGGAAACGGAGGUGAGAAAUGUAUUGUAGACUACAGAAUGACAACAGUCUAAUCAAUGGAGUGAUGUAUGUGUAAAUGUCUUCGUAUGCGUUGGUUACAGUAUAAAGUCAAAAUACCACAGAGAGUAAUUUGUAAUUUGACGAGAACAACGGUUGACAAUGAAUUGUGAUAUCUGGAGAAAGUUAUCAUUUUAUGAGGUGGAAUUUUUACACAACUCCAGAAAGUUGCCUAUUUUUCUUCCUAACAUUACAACUUUAUUCUGCUGGAUUCUCUGAAUUGAACUUUUUCUCUCAAAAUGUACUCGCGACAUUUUGAGUUUAUUAAUGUGACGUCGAAAUACCACCAAAGAAAUUGGUAAUUUUACGCAAAAAAAACAGUGGAGAAUGAAGUGUAAUAUGAGGAGGUAGUCUUCAUUUUACAAAAAUAAAGUUGUCAUAUUGGGAGAAAAUGGCCGAAAUUUGACGCAACUAACAUUCUCAUAGUUUUUCCCUCAUAAAAUGUCAAAAACUUUUUUCUCAAAGCAUGAUUUUAUUCUCAUAAUUUUACGACUUUAUAGAUGCAAUGUUACGAAUUUUGGGAAUUGACAAAAAAAAAAAAAAAAAAAGUCUGAAAAUGCUAAGAAAAACAGUUGGACAACUUUAACAAUCUUGUUCAAUUUACGCAAAAAUUUUGCGAAACGUGACUUUAUUCUCGUAAUUUUGCAUCACACGGCGCCACGGCCGAUUGGUUAGCACCACCGCCUCACAGUUCAGAGGCCGUGGGUAUGUGGGUAAAUGUAUGAUUUUAUUCUGGUAUUAUAACUUUGAAACGUAUUACAAGAGUUACAAGAUCAAAAUUGCAACAUUUUGAGAAUGAAAUCGUAAGUUAUAUGAAAAAGAAAUUCUCACAACUUCCAGGCUUUAAACACGCAACGUUACAACUUAAUUCUUGUAAUAUUCCGACUGUAUUCUUAGUACAUUACGACAUAAUUCUCAAUGUUACUGUCGUCUUGUAACGUUUACGACUUUAUUCUUAUAACUUCACAGCUUUAUUGCCAUAUCAUUCCAAUUGGCACUCAUUUUGGUAACUUGGUGCUAUUUUUUUUCUCAUGAUCCUCCGACUUUAUUCUUAAAAUGUAUAUUGUUUCAACUUUAUUCUUCUGACGUAGCGACUCUCUCAGCUUCACGUUAUUUUGUGUAACGUUAAGACUUUAUUCUUGCAACAUAAUGACUUUAUUCUCAAACUACGACUAUACUUGCGACGUGACGAUUUAUUCUCUUAUUCUAAUAAACAUGAUCACUUUGACUUUAUUCUUGUCAUGUUACAAUUUUAUUCUCUUAUACACCAUGUGUGAGCACGUUUGUUAGCGUCAAAGCGGUAAUGGAAUGUGUAAAUACGCUUUAAAAGACAAACUGUAUUAGCUUAAAGGUUGCAUCACAUAUUAUUGUACACUUCAUUAUUUUGUCUGUGAUGAUUCGAGUCAUUUUAAUAAAAAAGUAUCCACUUUG